GGAAUCACCCCUGCCCCAUAUUACUACACACAGACCUGCUGUGAAAUACGACACAGCACAUCUGCUUCUCUCAUUACCACACAUGAACCUUUAAAUUCCAGCUUCUAGGUUCAAACGCUUCAGAAACGCUUCAGGAUCACCAUCAAACAUGCCUGCAAACUACAGUGGAACCUGGGACAUAGUGGACAAUCAAAACUGUGAAGGAUACAUGGUGGCUCUUGGAAUUGAUUUCGCCACCCGAAAGGUGGCGAGCAUGCUAAAGCCACAGAAAGUUUUUGAGCAAGACGGAGACUCUUUCAUCAUUAAAACUUUUACAACUUUUCGAAACUACUCCUGUUCAUUUAAAAUUGGUGAAGAAUUUGAGGAAAUCACCAAAGGACUGGACAACAGAAAAUGCCAGGUUGAAAACACACUCACACAGACACACACACAGUCACAAAAGAGAGUGGCAGCGAAACAGUGUGUCAUAGUCUAGAGUUUUCUGUGGCAAAAUUGAGAAAUAC